AAACCCCUCGGGGACACGGAAGUCGCUUCCUUCCCCUUUCCCCAGAUGGCUGCUAUGCAAAGGGCUGGUGGCCCCGCCAGCGCGCGGCAGAGCCCCGGGAUGGCCAGCAUCGCGGCACUGCUCCUCUGGGCCCAAGCCUUCGGCCUCGCUGGCACCCAGCUCAGCCAGCUCACGUCAGACCCCCCCUGGAUGCCGGUGUCCAAGGGGGAGUCGGUGACACUGACCUGCCGGGGUCCCGGUGAGCCCAGACCCACCACGUGGUGGUACAACCGUGAAAAGCUCUGGUGGCCGGAGGGACACGACCGCAUCAAGGUCUACAGAGCUGGGACCUACCACUGCCAGAGCCCCGGCGCCACGAUCAGCCCCCCCCUCACCGUGAGCUUCUCAGAUGACCUCCUGGUGCUGCAGGUGCCGUCGCAGGCGCUGCUGGAGGGGGACGAGCUGCGGCUGCGCUGCCGGGGUGCAUCAAAAUUCUCCAAGGUGCAGUUCUUCCACGAGCAGCAGGAGCUGCGGGGGGGGCACAGGAAGGACAUCAAGGGGGACAUCGAGCUGCUCCUGGGCCCCGUGCAGCUGCACCACCGUGGGCGCUACCGCUGCCAGGCUGAGAGCCUUUGGUGGCACACGACCUCAUCACCAGUGACGGUGGUGGUGAACGAGCUCUUCUCGGAGCCGGUGCUGCACCUGGAGGGCCCAGCUGAGCCCCCCGAGGGAGAACCCCUGGCCCUGGGCUGCCUCAGCACCCCCAGCCCCCUGCGGCCCCCCGCCCAGCUCCAGCAUCUCUUCUACCGCAACGGGGUGAAUGUGGGGGGGCCCCAGAGGUCCCCCCAGCUCCGGCUGCCGGCCCUGGAGCUGUUCCAUUCUGGGACGUACUCCUGCGAGGUGCGGACGGAGACGAGCAGCGUGCGGAAACGCAGCGCCCCGGUCACCGUCACCGUGCGCAGGGUCCCGGUCUCGGGGGUGUCCCUGGCAGCGCAGCCCCCCACGGGCCAACUAGCCAAGGGCGACCGCCUGGUGCUGCUCUGCUCGGUGGCCACGGGGACGGGGCCCAUCUCCUUCUCCUGGCACCGGCUGGGCUCGGCCGCGCCGCUGGCCACGGGCCCCCGCUACGAGCUCCGGGCCGUGGAGCAGCAGGACAGUGGCCACUACCACUGCCGGGCCACCAACGGCGUCACCGUGGCCAACAGCUCGUCCCUGGGGGUCACCGUCCUGGUGCCGGUGGCCGGUGUCACCAUCAGGAUGGCGAGGAGGGAGCCGCGGGUGCUGGCGGGCGAGAGCCUCAACCUGACCUGCUCGGUGCAGGCGGGCACGGCGCCCGUGGCCUUCUCCUGGCAGCGGGACGGGCGGGAGCUGGGCAGGGGUCCCGUCCUCCCCCUGGGGACCGUGGGGCUGGCGCACGCCGGGACCUACCGCUGCGUGGCCACCAACCGCCUGGGCUCCCAGCGCGUCUUCCAGGCCAUCAGCCCCGCGCUGGCCCUCUCGGUGACAUCCCCAAGCUGGGGACAGAAGCAGCAGGGCACAGUGGUGGCCACGGGGGUCAGCGUGUCCCUCCUGCUCCUGGUCCUGCUCGGUGCCGCCGUGGGCUGGCACCUCCGGCGCCGCGCAGGUGGGUGA